GCCGCCUCGCCCGACGACGUGGCGCUGUGCGAGGGCGCCCGGGCCGCGGGCCUGCGGCUCGCCGCCCGCCGGGCCCACGGCGGCGGGGCGCUCCUGGAGGUCCACGGGCCCGCCCCCGGGCAGUGCGGGGAGCACGCCGUGGCGCAGGUGCUCGAGUUCGACUCGGACCGGAAGCGCAUGAGCGUGGUGUGCGCCCAGGCGGACGGGUCCGCGGUCGUGUACACCAAGGGCGCGGACGCCGCGCUGGAGCCGCUGCUGGCCGGCGGCGGGCUCGGGGCCGGCGCGCGGGCGGCGCUGGCCGACUUCUCGGCGCAGGGCCUGCGCACCCUGGUGUGCGCCCGCCGCGAGCUGCCCGCCGCCGAGUACGCGGCCUGGAAGGACCGAGGAGUGGGACGCCGCCAGCCGAGCCCUCGAGGGGCGCGCGGCGCUGGUGGCGAAGGCCGCCGCCAAGGUCGAGGUGCGGCUGCGCUUCCUGGGCAUCACGGCCGUGGAGGAGAUCGACCGCCUGCAAGACCACGUACCCGAGACCAUCGCGGCCCUGCGCGGGGGUGCGGGCAUCCGGCUGUGGGUGCUCACGGGCGACAAGGUUGA